GCCCUGGUCGGUGACUGGCAGUCACAGUGAGCAGCACGCUCUCUGCCUGAGUCGGAGCUGAGUUUUCAGAAUGUCUGGUCGAGGUAAAGGCGGCAAGGGGCUGGGGAAGGGAGGCGCCAAGCGCCACCGGAAGGUGCUGAGGGACAACAUCCAAGGCAUUACUAAGCCCGCGAUUCGCCGCCUCGCUCGACGUGGGGGCGUCAAGCGCAUCUCUGGCCUCAUCUACGAAGAGACCCGCGGAGUCCUCAAAGUCUUCCUGGAGAAUGUGAUCCGGGACGCAGUGACUUACACGGAGCACGCCAAGCGCAAGACGGUCACGGCCAUGGAUGUGGUGUACGCGCUGAAACGCCAGGGCCGCACCCUUUAUGGCUUCGGCGGCUGAGCUGUCCCCACAGCUUCUCUCUAGAUUCCAAAGGCCCUUUUCAGGGCCCCCAGGCCGUCACAGAAAGAGCUGUUAACACUUGUAGAUACUGGGUAAACAUCAGCCCUUUAGAUGACGCGUUCCGGAUACCGGGAGUGGGACAUUGCCGGCCGGAGCAACUGCUCGGAAUUAGCCUUGGCGGGCGCGGGGAGGACUAGACCUCAGGGCGGGGACUCCGCGUGCGCUUAGGAACGACCGUGGGAGGUGUCGCGCCACGCAGUAGUGACCUCCCACUUCAGUGCACCUAAAAUGCAGACUGCGGACUCUUUAGAAGUGUUUCUAAACUGGUCUCGGGCUUCUAAGCAGCCUUGUCGUUGGGCCAUUAGCACGUAUAGAAUGGCUUCCCUGUAAGCCCGGGCUUAGGUGACUUCCCGCCGGCCUUUGGCGGGAGCGUGACGCGUCAGAGGGCGGAUCUUGUGGGUGCAGGGCCAGCUAGACCGCAGGAAAUGGGAGGUCGCAGCACCCAGUAGGAGCACGCCUCUACCUGCAACCCCGAAAGCGUUGAAUGCAGCCCUACUGUGGCGCGUUGUAGUCUUACUAGCUACUAUUUAACUUCAUCGCUGAAGUUCUAAGUGAGAGCUGACCAAGCUCAGAUGCUGAGAGCUAGGUGAUCGGGCAAAGCUCGCGGCGUCCUGCUGUUCCCGUAGCCAACUGCGUCGAGUUGCCCACACCGAGCGGGUGAGUUCCUGCUCCACUACCUGGCGGCGGGCGUGGAGUCGGCAGGCAGCGGGGGUCACGCCGGCAAGAAAAGCCAGAUCUCUACCUGCAGGUCGCCAAGGUGCCGGGAGUCCUCCGCUUCCUGCAGUGUGCCCAUCACAAGUGACCCUGUAGCAGCCGGAAGAUAAGCCCUGGCUUCCGACUAAAGGCCCUUUUCAGCCUGGGGAGAUUAUAUAUAUAUAUAUAUAUAAUAUAUAUAUAUAUAUACACACAUACACAUACAUAUACGUAUAUAUAUACACAUAUAUAUAUUUAGUAGAGACGGGAUUUCAUCAUGUUGGCCAGGCUGGUCUUGAGCUCCUGACCUCAGGUGAUCUGCCCACCUUGGCCUACCAAAGUUCUAGGAUUAUAGGCUCUGCCUCCUUUUAUUAUAUGGCUUCUUAACAUAUUCCCUGGGUAAUCUUACACCUUUCUACGGCUUCACAUCUUACCUAUGGACUCCAAGUCUCUGUUGACAAUUCAGACCAAUCUCCUUAGCGCCAAACCUGGAUUUCCUACCUAAUAUUAACUCCUCUAAAAUUUCCGCAGUCACCUAUUGCUCAACAUGUUUAAAAUGGAAUUAAUUUUCUCACAGAUUUAAUCUUCCUAUUUUGUUACCAGAAAGGCAGAAACUUGGGACUUUUCCCAUUCUUAUCUCUCCCUCUGUCGCCCUCUGCUGUCCACCCUGACAUCUACUCUCCAUUUGAACAUUGUAAGAAUCCAUUCCGUCUUUUUUUAAUCACUUUUUAGUUUAGUUCCUCACUGAUUUACAGUUUAAUUUUUAUUUUAAUUUGGAGUCUCAUUCUGUCACCUAGGCUGGAAUGCAAUGGCAUGAUCAUAGGUCACUGCAGCCUUGAACUCCUGCUCUAGCGAUCCUCCUGCCCUGACCUCCAAAAGCAGUGGGAUUACAGGCAUGAGCCACCAUGCCCAGCACUGGUUUCCAGUUUUAAUCAUUACCCACAGAUGUGGGGCUAUGUACCCAGCACUGUGCUAAGUACAUUAUCUGUCUGCUUUUCUUACAUUGAUCCUCAAGAACAUUCCUACGAAAUAAACGUAUUGCCCUCGUUUAUACUGAAGAUGUUAAUAAAUGACAAAACAACUAAUGAAUAAAUGAGCCUCGGUUUAAAAUCA